AUGGAGCUCGGGAACUUCACCUCGGAAAGUGGCUUUAUAUUGGUGGGUAUUCUGGAUGGCAGUGGUUCUCCUGAACUACUCUGUGUCAUGAUAACUGUCCUGUACAUGUUGGCACUGACCAGCAAUGGACUGCUGCUCCUGGUCAUCACAGUGGAUGCCCGGCUUCACGUGCCCAUGUACCUCCUACUGAGGCAACUGUCUCUCAUUGAUCUCCUCUUCACAUCAGUUGUCACUCCCAAGGCUGUUGUGGAUUUUCUUCUCAGAGACAACACCAUAUCCUUUGAGGGUUGUGCACUUCAAUUGUUUUCAGCAAUGACAUUGGGUGGUUCAGAAGACCUCCUUCUGGCCUUUAUGGCCUAUGACAGGUAUGUGGCCAUUUGUCAUCCUCUAAACUACAUGAUCUUGAUGAGUUCAAAGGUCUGUUGGCUCAUGGUGGCCACAUCAUGGAUCCUGUCAUCCCUUAGUGCACUUGGGCACACUGUGUACACGAUGCACUUCCCUUUCUGCAUGUCUCAGGAAAUCAGACACCUGCUCUGUGAGGUUCCUCCAUUGUUGAAGUUGGCUUGUGUUGAUACCUCUCAAUAUGAGCUCAUGGUUUAUGUAACAGGAGUGGUAUUUCUAUUGCUUCCUCUUUCUGCCAUUUCUACUUCCUACUCACUAAUUCUGUCCACUGUCCUGCACAUGCCCUCAAAUGAAGGCAGGAAAAAAGCCCUAGUCACCUGCUCCUCCCACUUGACUGUUGUUGGGAUGUUCUAUGGGGGUGCCACCUUUAUGUAUGUCCUGCCUAGUUCCUUUCACAGCCCUAAGCAAGACAAUAUCAUCUCUGUGUUCUACACAAUUGUCACACCAGCUCUGAACCCCCUCAUCUACAGCCUGAGGAAUAAGGAAGUCAUUGGGGCUUUUAGGAGGGUCUUGGGGAGACAUAUACUGCCAGUACACUCCAGCCUUUAA